UUUCAAUUCAAAUCAGUCCGUGUGGUGAUUUCUGAGAUACUAGAGCGUUCAGCGAUUACGAAAAGCUUAUAAAUAAAUCGCGUUGACUCACCAAAUCAAAUCGAAUUAAAUGAAGUGCAGUGUUGGUGAUUAAAAACAAUCUACAGCAGAAAAAAUCAACUUUAUACCAUGGCUAUGCAACGAGAAGUUGGCGUAGGCGAUUUUGUCCUCAUGGACAAAAUUGACCUGGACAAUUUUAUGAAGAAUAUUGAACUCAGAUUCAAAAAUGGAUUCAUUUACACAUACAUCGGAGAAGUAUGUGUUUCUGUCAAUCCCUACAGAACAAAAAACAUUUAUGGAAUGGAACAAGUCAAUCAGUAUAAAGAUCGAGAACUAUUCGAAAACCCCCCACACAUAUUCGCCAUUGCCGAUGCUUCACAUAAAGUGAUGAAACAGCAAGGAAAAGAUACUUGUAUUGUCAUCAGCGGAGAAUCCGGAUCUGGAAAGACAGAAGCUUCUAAAAUCAUAAUGAAGUACAUUGCUGCAGUGACAAAUCAAGAAAGAUUAAGCAGCCCCAGAGGACAAAAAGAAAUCGAAAGAGUCAAAGAUGUUCUCAUCCAGUCUAACUCCAUCCUAGAAGCUUUCGGGAACGCCAAAACGAACAGGAACGACAACUCAUCCAGAUUUGGCAAAUAUAUGGAUAUCCAUUUCGACUUCAAAGGCGACCCGAUUGGUGGCCAUAUUAAUAAAUAUCUGCUAGAAAAAUCUCGUGUCAUUGCUCAGCAGCAGGGUGAGAGAAAUUUCCAUUGUUUUUAUCAGCUUCUAUCUGGAGCAAAUGAUGAUUUGUUAAAAAGACUGAACAUAUCCCGUGAUACCCACCAGUAUUAUUACAUCAAGCAAGGAAAUGCUGCCGUAGUUAACACCAUCAACGACAAAAGUGACUACCGUGAAGUCAUGUCAUCAUUGAACACACUUCAAUUCAGCCAACAAGACCAAGAUACCCUCUGGAGGGUAGUGGCGGCCAUACUACAUUUAGGUAACGUCGAUUUCGAGAAUGACGAUGAUGAAAAGUUGAGACUGAAAAAAUCCAAAGGAGUGGAUUAUGCUGCAGACUUACUUCAGAUAAAAAAGAGUGACUUAGAAACCGCCCUUUGUGAAAGAGUGAUAGCAGCACGAGGUGACAUAAUGAGAAAAGAGCACACCGAAACAGAAGCUUCCUUUGGCAAAGACGCUUUUGCCAAGGCUGUAUACGAUAGGCUAUUCACUUGGAUAGUCGAUAAAAUCAAUGCCGCCAUAGCUGUAGACAAAACCAACUUAACUAAGACGUACAAAAGUUCUUUGAUCGGCGUACUCGAUAUCUACGGUUUCGAGAUCUUCGACAACAAUAGUUUUGAACAAUUUUGUAUCAAUUAUUGUAACGAAAAGUUGCAACAGCUGUUUAUUGAAUUGGUGCUGAAACAGGAGCAAGAAGAAUACAAUCGGGAAGGUAUCGCGUGGACCAAUAUAGAAUACUUCAACAAUCAGAUCAUUUGUGAUUUGGUAGAAGCACCACACAAGGGGAUCAUUUCAAUUUUGGAUGAUGCUUGCAAAAUGACUGCCGAAAAAGUAACCGAUGAGAUGCUGCUGGAAGCUAUGGACAAGAAUCUUAAAGGCCACAAACAUUAUGUCUCAAGACAAACAAAAACAACCGAGAAAAACCUUAAACAUAAGGUAGAUUUCCGUAUUACUCACUACGCUGGCGAUGUGACGUACUGCAUCAUCGGUUUUCUGGACAAAAACAAAGAUACGCUCUUCCAAGACUUCAAACGUUUGUUAUACAAUUCCAAGGAUCCAAAUAUAAAGGAAAUGUGGCCCGAAGGGGCACAGCAUAUCACACAAAUAACCAAGAGACCUCCCACAGCUGGAUCCCUUUUCAAAGCCUCCAUGCAAGCUUUAGUCCAAAACCUCCAAAGCAAAGAACCACACUAUGUCAGAUGCAUUAAACCGAACGAAAUCAAAUCGUCUUCAGCCUUCGAUGAAGAAAGAGUAAGACAUCAAGUUAGUUACUUAGGUCUCGUGGAAAACGUUCGGGUGAGAAGAGCCGGUUUCGCAUACAGACAACGAUAUGACAGAUUCCUUAAGAGAUACAAAAUGAUCUCGCAGUUCACCUGGCCCAAUUUCAGAUCCGGUUCCGAUAAAGAGGCCUGUAAAGUCAUCAUGGACGAGAACAAGUACACUGACGAUGUCAAAUACGGUAAAACGAAAAUCUUCAUCCGCACACCACAAACGUUGUUUGCUUUGGAGAUGUCCAGGAACAACCUCAUCCCCGGCAUCGUUACUCUUAUCCAGAAAACUUGGAGAGGUUGGAUGGCACGGCAGCAGUACAAGAUAUUGAAGGCUGCGAUGACGAUAUUGAAGGCAUAUCGCAAGAUGAAGUUGAGGGAUUACAUAUGUACUUUGCAGAGUAAAUUUAAGAACGCCAAAAAGAUGAAAGAUUAUGGUAAAAGCAUCAUGUGGCCUGCUCCGCCGCUGUCUUUGAGAGACACUACGAAAAUUUUAAGAGGUAUUUACAAUAAAUGGAGGUGCCGCAUGAUUUUGAACCGUAUCCCCAAAAACGAAUGGCCGCAGAUGAGGCUGAAAGUAAUCGCCGCCAGUAAUCUGAUCAACAAACGACCCCACUACGGUGUAAAUCGCAAAUGGGAAGGCAACUACCUCACAUCUCAUUUGGAAAACAACCAAUACACAGUAUACAAUGAAGCAGUGAACAACCUAAGGAACACUAAACACUUCAAUAACGUUCUCUUCUCCUCUUUCGUUACCAAAUUCAACAAAUUUAACAAAGUUGCCGAGAGAGUCAUGCUAGUUACCGAUCAAUAUGUUUUCAAGUUAGAUACCCAAAAGUUUAGAAACAUGAAAGAGGGCGUGGCGAUCGGUGAAUUGACCGGUAUCAGUGUCAGUCCAGGACAGGACCAAUUGAUAGUUCUUCACUGCCCAGGGGGUAACGAUUUGGUGGUGUCGUUGCACUGUGAUAGACAAGAGGACAGAAUAGGUGAAUGUAUCGGUGUGAUAUGUAACAGAUAUUACCAGAUUAAACAGGCUGACCUGCCUGUGAAAGUAUCAAAGACUAUAUCCUGCAGCUUGGGCAACAAACAACGACUAAUCAACAUUCAAGUAUCAGCAGCUGAGCAGCAGGCGACAUUUAAAAAGGAUGGUCACAACAUCUUAUACCUUCUGCCUUCCACGUUUUCAAUUCUUGAAAACGGCAAUAACCAUAUUAAGCAAUAGACUGAGGUCUUACGCCGAAGAGUGAUAUCAAUUUUUUAGAUUUAGGUUUAUUCUACUUAAUAUUUUUUAGUAGAGUUGAGUUUCUACCGAUUUGGGGCUAAUGGGGCAGAAAUAAAAGUUUCAAACCGAAAAGGGGUGCAAUUGGUAUGACCAGUGAAUUUAUUUAGCAUGCCAGAAACAUUGAAAGUUAGUCCAUUAAAGUUAACAGGAAAGAAAAUGAGUGAAAUGAAAAAUAAGUCAAUGAAGGAAAGUAAGGCUUAAAGGAAAAAACGUAGUACAUCAGAAUUGAUGCAAAUCUAAUAUUUUUUACUUGAAAAUUGUUUUGCACUCCUUGUUCAGUACGUUUGGGGAUUACUUAUUAACGCAUUGGCUGCCACUGCCGCCAAUAGGCAUGUUAGGCUACUUGAGUCAGGUGCCAGUGAAUGCCUUUUGGCGUUCAUAACCUGUGAAAUUAAAUAGGUUCUUAUCGUAUUGGCUCCAUACGAAAGUGACUGAAUAUAAGUGGCAGCUAACGUGUUAAGAAUGUUGUUACAGGUCGGUAGAAACUUUUGUAAAAACUGUGUCAUAGUAAGUUUUUCGUUUUUAACACUUUUAUUAUUGAUUGUUGCUUUUCUGUUAUGUCUCUAUGUUGGGAUUAGGGACAAAAAAUUUAUUUUAUUUUCUUUCAAGUAUUAAAAUCAGUAUCUGGAAAGCUCACGCAUGUAAAAUAUAAAUCAACGAAUACAAGAAACGCAAUUUAACACGUUGGCUGCCAUAAUGUUAAAAAAAAACAAAAUGGAUCCCAAGACCACGAGGCUCACGUUUCUAUGCUAUUGAGACAACUACGGUGUGUCACGCGGCUGUUCUCGAAAACAACAUGAAACACAUUUGUUUCUCACGGCAGCCAACGCGUUAAACAUCUAAAAUUCAAACACACUAAUAGUUUCAGCUGGCAGAUUCUGAACUGCAGAUGGUGUUGACCGGACAAUAAGAAUGUUUAUAGGAAUGUAAAUUGUAAGUUUAGCGAUUGAGAAUGUUUUUUUGUCACAUAUUCUAAAAUUACUUAUUCAAUUUUUUUGCUUACGUGAUCUUUCCACACACUGACCUAAGUAAGUCUAUUAAUUUAUUAUCUAUAGCAAUAGAUAUCCUUAAAAAAUAAUGCUUUGCAAUAUUUUAAAAAAACGCCUCUUUUUGUUACUGUUGUAUCUCUUAUGUACUUAUACAUACAUAAAAAAUCAAUAAGUGCCUUUUUAAUGUUGAGAAAGUGGUUAUAAAGUUUCCUAUAAAUGCACUUUUUAGAAUUGAAAUCUUCUGUGGGCAUUUUGAGUUUACAAUCGUGAAAUUUGAAACAGUUUCAUUAUUUAUUGGAACACGAGAACAGUUUAUCAAUGAAAACAUAUAAUAAUAUUGCAAAAAUAUUGGUGGUAGGACCAAAUGUGGAAUUGAUCAAGGACACCAUUUAAAUGAGUUGAAAAAGAGACUAUAAAACUAUUUUUGUAAAGGGAAUUUUUGAAAUCAAGUGUCUCUUUUACUUUACCUGUUUUAGGUAUGAGAUAGUGCCUAAGAUGCUGAAAUUAAUGCUGGGAAAUCCUGUUUUAGUUGUAAUGUUCUUUAACAUAUGCCUCUCAUCUUUCUGUAGAACCUUCCAUACAAAGUCUUCUGGAAAGUGCGGAUUUUUUGUUUUCGGAAACAAUUGAAAACCUUGGGACCAGAAGGGGACAUGCCACCAAACAAUAUUUUGGAGAAAACAUCAUUUUAAACUUAUUUUCAAAUCCUGAAAUUCAAUUUUUACCGUUUUCUCAGCAGUAAGGCCCCUAAUCGUUUGGAAAUAUGUUAUUAAAUACACAAGAAAAGCAACACAAAUGUUUGUUUAAUUGUUUUGAGUUUUUGAACAUUUUUUGAAAAAUAUGAGGCUUAUCCCAUUUUGUAUAAAAAAUUAUAUUCUAAAAAAUGAACAUAAAAUGCAACAAUAAAAUAAUUCAGUUGUCAAUAUUUUCAAUAUCUGAAAAGUCGUCCAAAUGUUCAAUGUCUUCCAGUGGUUCAGUAUUCUCAGUAUCUGGUAGAACCGCAAGGUGCAUAUAAUUAUUGUGGUUCUAUUUUCUUCCCUUUCGUAUUUAUAUAUUCGUAACUUAGAUUUCUUUUAGUCUUACGCUUAAUUUUUUUAUGUCGUUGGGUAUCCUUGUGUCUCCAUCUAGGAGGCGCAUUCUGUUCUGGAGUUGGCAAAAGACCUCCAGAAGUCUGUGCGGUAUAAACCCAUUCAUUUUCUUACAAUAAAGUAGGUAUUUUACUAAAAAGGGGUAAGCCACAAAAAACAUUUACAACACCUAAUAUUUUUAGGUCCGAAAAAAAAUAUAACAUAAGGGGACAAGCCACACAUUUAAUAAAAUUACUCUUCCUGAGUUUAUAUUUUCCGAAUCGCUACUACUUCCGGAUACUGUAUAGUCUUUGUCAUUUAAAAAUGGAUCUUGGUCACUGUGUUCAGAAUCAAACUCAGAAAAGUCUAUUUUCCGUUUACAUACACGGGAAUGUUUCGCCGCCAUGUUGAUUACUACUGUGGCUUGUCUCCUUCUGUUGCAAUAUAAAGUAAUGGUGACACAGCAGGACUUACUACAGCGGCGCCAUCUAUUAGAAAACAGCUGAAAUUUUCUGUUUGGGACAUUAAUAUGAUCUUAAAGUGUGCGAUUUCUACUUUAACUCAUUUUUGACGGAAUUGUGGCUUGUCCCCUUCUGGUCCCAAGGUCCUCAAUUGAUAAUCUCACGGCGCUAGGUUAGAUUAAUAUAGUGGAUGGAGUAAUACCUGGAUUUAGUACUUCGCUAAAAGACAUUUUUGGGUUUCAGGAAUUAGGUGAAACAUUGUAUGGAGAUUUGAAAAUUCUAUGAAAUAUGUGAUAUUUCCUCUUAACCAUUUUUUAUUGUCCCUUGCUAUUUCCUGUUGUCUUGCUUUUUGCUACGUUUUCAUAUCUUUUCUCCCUUCUGUUUUUAUUUCUUUUUAGUCCUUAUCUUAUGUUCUAUUACCGACUCUUACUGUUAUGCUACAUCUUCGUACUGUUUCUUGUACAUUUUACUUAUCAACUCGUUCAGUGCCCAUGACGACAGUGUGUCGUCACGAUAGUUUCAUCAAGGGUGCCUACAACUCACGAGUGUCGGCGUUAGUACUGCCACCGUACUGCGUUACUAAAUGAACCAUUUAAGUACGUGGUACACUUCGCGUCAAAAAAAACUGGUACACUUUUUUUUCCCAAUGUAAACCUGUGUUCAGACUGGACACAAUGGCUCGUGAAUCACGGCGUUGUUGCCAGCACAGAUAAUGGAAUUGCACUAAAUCUAAAUACAAAAAAUAAUGUUCAAAAAUCAUGGUGGUGAAUCGUAAAACGGGCCAUAGGUAACUCAAUGUAAAAUUCUAAACUGUUAAAUUCCUGCUUCCCUAAUCAUUUUACAACAAAAAUCAUAAGAAGCUAUUUGUAUGGGAUUAAAAUCGGUAUUAAAAACAAAAGCUAAAAUUGUUCUAGGAUUUAAACACAUUCCAACAUUUUGAAAAAUACCUACAUUUGCCACAGUAGGCAUGUAUGUAAAAGUUAGGCCCACGUAUUAUUUACCUUAUUGUUCGCACACUAUUGACUGAAUAAAACAUCUUUAUUAUUAUUACUUUCUCCUCAACUGAGGCUAUCUUAUCAAUUUUAUUAUUUUUUUAAACAAGAAAUGAUAAAAUAAAAAUUUUGACAGUUCAAAUUGUCAAUAUUUAUAAUAACUUCACUGUGACGGAACGCAACCGAUACACAUUAUGGUAAUGUGUGUGGCCUAACUUUGGCGUAUUUCUCUGAAAAAUUCUUAUUAUAUUUCUCAUGAUUCGAAAAAAAAAUGAAUACAUUUAAUAAAACACAUUGAACAUUUUGACAGGCGACAUUUUUCACCUAUGUGCUUAAUAUUUCAGCAGUUUCGAAUUUUAUUGUAAUACAUAAUAUUUAAAUUUCACAAUUGUUCACUGUAAAAGUUAUUUAUUUUGUAUUAAUUUCAAAUUUUAAUUUUUCCAGUGUG